AUGAAAUUAACAUUAGUAUUAAUAAUAGGAUUGUUAUCAUGUUUAUUGGUAGUAAAAGGUGAAGAUCAAGAUUGGAAUUACUUUCAAGUAAGAGAUGAACAACUCAAUCAAUUUACAGAGCAAGUUGAAAAUGAAUGGUUAAAUCAAUAUGAAGAAAAUUUCCAAUUUGUAUCAGUCAACUGGAAGGAAAUCGUUGAACAUUUAAUUGCAGCUCAAAAGAAUCUAUUUGAACAUUUGGCCCAAGCUACCUCUAAAGGUAUUUCUGAUUAUUUGGGAGGUUUAGUUUCUGGUUUCCAAGAAAUUGCUAACCCAGGGAAGCAUGAAGCUUGUUUAGCUGAUAAAGAUCAUAUUAUAGGAGCUAUUUUCGGCUCAAACCCAAUCAAGGUAUCAGGAAAAGAUCAAGAGUCAUUUACUUUAUUCAAAAAGUUUGCAAACUUUUUGAAUCAUAUUGCAGAUGCCAUGGAUUCGUUGCCUGGUGAUACCAUUGCCAAUUGUCUCUUUAAAUGGGAAUCAAUGAAUCUCAGAGAAUGUGCCCAUCACAUUUCAACAGAACCAAAUUUGGCUCAAUACUUUGUUCACCAAGGAUUAAAGAUGGUUCAAAGUGUACCUGCCAUUUUAGUUCAAGUUCGUGAUAUGAAUAUCCAACUUUUGCAUGGUGAUCUUGCAGGUGCUGGAACAGCUGUUGGUAAGAUUUUAGGGUUAAUAUCUGUUGCAGUUUGGGGUGUUCCACCAAGCUAA